CUCAGUGUUUUGUCGAUCACACCCAGUUUGUUUCAUCUGAAGGAGACCUCUCAACCCGACCCAGACAGCCACGACUCACAGCAGACAUAGUUCUUCAUCGUCGAUUUGUAUGACGUCCUCCUCCACUCUACUCAUCUUGUCCAUGAAGACACGCAGCCCACUCACACUCUCCAAGUGGCCCGGGUCAUGCAUCACCUGCACAACUCCAAUCACACACACAGGGAUUGGUAUUAUCAUAUGGCGUGCCGAUUGAUUGAGUGACCUGUGUGAGCAUGCCGAUGGGGUUUUGUUCGAAUGCCUCGUGCACCGCCGGAGAACAGCACGUGCAGUAGGGCGACUGGGGGCUGGAACCCACUACCAGACGAAACCCUGAUCGAUGCCCACACAGAGAGAGGACGACACGCCACAUUCAUGUUGACACGAAUACACGUGGGUGGGUUGAUGUGUUGGUUGCUUUGCUUGUGGUAGCAUAGCAUGCAUAGCUAUCUAUCUCACCCCCGAUGAAUCCCCUGAUAGAGUGUGGGCAAGCGCCAAGGCACGAGUCAUCGCUGCUGCCCGUGUCCUUCUCAGAUGGGUCGGCCACAAACCCACUGGACAAACAACAGCCACACACACACAAAGGGACCCAAGGUAGGUGGCCAGCGGCGUGCAUGACAGUCACUCAGUCCUACACUUACUGCGGGUGUUGUGAGAGAGUGACCAGCAGCUCCACAGCGAGUGCCGAGGCCAUGGGCGACACUCCUGGACGUGUGACAGUACACUGCUGAUCCAAAGUCCUAACCACACGUGUCAGUCACACAAACACCCGAGGCAGCACACACAGCCGAGAAAACAGGGAGACAUAAACUGCCGUGCGUCGUGUCACGUUGCCGUUGCAUGGCCUGUAUGUACGCAUUGCCCACCUGUUGGAUGUGGUGUCUCUGGGUGCCGACAGGUCAUUGCAGAAGUAGCAGGCCAGGCUCUGAUCCUUGUACCCGUGACGCAGCACGAGAAAGGAGUCGAACCCCAACGCUACAGUGAUGCCCAGCGGCACACCACCGCACCCACCCUCACCCUCUGACCCCACCGCCGCUCCACCUCCUGCCGUCUGCUGCUGCUGUUGCUGUUGCUGCCUCCUGACGGCCCGCCAGGAUUUGUUAGCGAUGAGGAAUGAGGGCAGCCAGCGGGACUCACGUGAGUCAGUGCCCAUGAACACUACAUCGUGCUCAGAUAUCAGCUCGUCCAGCGUGUGCAGGGACCGCUCGAUCGAUGCCGAUGUGCUGGCGGCCGCACCGCUGCCGGAUGGGGAUGGGGCUGAUGCUGCCGACGCGUCGAAGUGGCCCGGCAUGGGUAUCUCGAACACCACACCCCUCGCAUCCACAUCGGGGCGAAUCUCACGCAACGCCUCACAGGCAGCAUCCACCUUGGGACGACCGCUGCCGCCCUGCACUCACUCCCACGCACAGCACCGCACAUGUCAGUCAGGUACAGAAUGCAAUGCAUACACAUGGGCUAGCUCAGCUGACUUGACUUGUCUGGGGGCUGGGCUGGGCUGAUGAUGUCAUGUCACAUGUGCGGUGCAUGUGCUGUGGUGUGGGAUGGGAGGCUGACCUCGGCCGCUGCAUCUUGGUGUUUGAAAAGGCUUUGCCUGACGGGGUUGGACAUGGCCACAUUGCCGCUGUCGACAAAGGUUAUGUGCCUGGCAGGCAGGCACACAUUCACAGACACGCACCGCACCGCACCAAACGCACACACCACCCACAACAGAGCACUUGCACAGAUGGAGGAUUCUUCUGUUGCCUAUGCGCUUACUUGGCCCCCCAGGCAAUGAGUGCCCUGGCGAUUGCGCACCCCAGAGUGCCCGCGCCCAGCAGAAGGAAGCGCAUCGAGUUGAACCUCUCUGGAUCGAACUGUGGCACCAUGCGCCACUUGAUGAGCUUAACAUUGAGGUCGACGGCGUUGGCUUGUAUGGUGGUGAAGUCGAGGUAGUCACACAGGUUGACCUGCUGCACUGUCGUGCUCUUGUGCUGCUGAUGGCCUGGUGCCUGGCCAUGGCCGUCCGCCACCGGCCACCUCACCCAACCGCCCAGACACGUCGCUCGUGCAGAGCUGCUGCCAUUUCGGCUGUCAUGGGAUAACGGUGGUGGGAGGGUGAAGGCAUCGGCAGGUGGGAAGCGGACGGUAUAGACCGACGACUGAUAGGACGGACGGUACUCGUUGUCAGCCUGGUGGGUGAUGACCUUGCGGAGGUCCCUGAAGGCCAAAAUGCGGAUGGUCCUGCCGUACAGACGCCUCUUGCUAGCCAGAAGGAAGAGCACAUUGCGCAAGCCCCACCCCAUGGCCUCCGCUGAGGUGGACGAGUCUACAUAGCCGAGCCACGGCCCAUCCGCGGCCCCACCAGCAUUCCCUCCCCCCACAUGGACGUCGAACAGGCCAUCCUUGAGCGUCGUGUGGUCGGCCUUGAGCUGUCGCAUCAUGGCGCUGAUGUCUUGGGCCGUCAUGGCUUGGUCAAGGUGCUGGUGGUCGAUGUGUUGGUAUGAGGGGUUGGGGCUGAUGACGGGGAAGGCAAUGGAGUAGUACACGCGAUACUUCUUGAGGUCGAUAAACGUCAGCAUCACCAACACGCGACCGGCACCACAUGGGGCCAUCUCCCGCAGCCCCCUCACGCGCACACCACCACCACCCGCAGUGUCCCCUGCCGCUCGCCUAGAUGAAUAAUCGUCAGAUUCAGCCGCACCUUCCGCACCGCCGUUUGCAAUGGCCGCGGCCACAGUGUCGGUGAGCUGUUUGCGGUCGAAUGAGCGGAACUCCUCGAGUGUGUUGACGUUGAUGAGUGUCCCCCGCCACUCCUCGUGAAGCAGACUCGAACCACUCUCGUCAUUGGUGGCCACCCCUCCCUCCCCGGUGCUGCUGGUGUGGGUGAAUGAAGAUCUGGUCAGCCGGAGCUGCCCAGAUGUGCGGGAGGCGUCCUUGGAUGCGGGACUGUGCGGUGCGGGUCUCUCCAUGGUGGCGACGAUGGGCACUCGGGGUGUCGUGAGCUUCAUGCGGUCGAGCUUCUGCGCUGCCAGCUCUUGCCAGAAGGAGAUGUCCACCACUACACGGGGCGGCUCAAACGACAGAGGAUGCGCCAUGAUGCCCCGUUUGCGCGCAGAUCUCCG